AUGUGUGAUUAUCAUCAUAAUUUCCUCUGUCGUUCCGAUUUCUUUACCAACCCAGCAAUCAAACAGCACAAUGUGGUUCUGCGAGACAAUCCAAUGCUGUGCCAUUUGGCUUUCACCAUACGUUGGGAGGAAGUGUUUGUGGACAAAAACAAUCAAGCUGCGAUCCCCGAUCGAUAUCAUGAUCGGAUCUCCCAACGAGGAUGUGAUCCGAGCACACAUAAGUUGAUCAGUCUAUUCACCCAAGAAUCGGUGUCUGUCUCUCAGGUCUGCUAUUUUCGGCUUCCCUCGUCUUAUGUUGCCAUGUUACAAAUUCGUAUUGUUAAUCAGAGUUAA